GUGUUCCGGAGAUGUCUGAUUGGCUGUAGUAGGUGACGUCACAGACAUAUCAUUGGUCCAUGGCUGAAGAGCAGAGUUGUUUUGGCUUCAAUUAUGGAAGAAAGGGAGUCAUUAAAGAGGCAGAUCGAGCUAUUACAAAAUCUAAUCAAAAACCACAGUGGUGGACCGUCAAGUGCCCAGCAGAAUGUUACCCCUGGGAACCCAGGAGCUGGACACAAUCAAGCUGCCGGCAGUGGACCUAACAGGGGACCCAGUAGUGGGCACACGAGUGGACAUUCCUCCCACAUGACAGGCCGCCCUCAACCCUACCUUACGCAGCCAGCAGGUUCUUGGCGAAAGACCUACUCUCUCAACAACAGAGGCUCCGGUGACACUGCAAAAGGUGUCGCUGCACAGACACAGACAAAGCCACAUGCACAGACGCACACCAACACGCAGAGUCUCGCUGCCCCAAAGGCCGUCACUGCCCCGCAGACAAGCACAAACUUUCAGACACACACGUCUCCACAUAAGGUACCAAGUGUGCUGACAAUAGUCAAAGCUGGGUGUCCUACUGUCAGAAGUCAACCUCCUGCAACAGCGGCUGUCAAGUCAGCUGCACCCCUUCAAAUCGGACCUCAACCGCAUCUUUCCGCCAAACCAAAAACUGUGAUGUCUGACGCCCAGUCUUUACCAUCCUCCUCCUCCUUAUCCAAGAGCAAUGUCAAAGCUGGCCCCGCUCCAGCUGUUCAUCUCAAAACUGCCUCAUUAAGCCAAUUAAAAAGUCACCCUGCCAAAUCACAGACCACAGCAGCAGUUCCCACGAAAAAGUCCCAGUACCGCUGGGUGAAGAGUCAACAGACUGGCCUGAAAGCACCUGGAUCAUCUAGCGUUCAACCUGCCUCCUCCACGACGUCCCUUCUUCCUCAACCUUCCUCGAAGUCAUCCACAGGGGUCUCCCCCAAGACCGCCACGCCCUCCAGGACUUCCUCUUUAGUGCCGUCUCAGAGUUCCUCCAGGAAGGCCGCCAGCCCCAGCACACCGCUUUCCCACCGAUCAGCUGCGUCGUCGGGCCGACCGAGGACGUCCAAAUACACGUGGGUGUCCCACGCCACGUCUGGGACUAAGCUGGCGCGCAAGCCCCUCUCACCUCGCGCGCUCCAGGCCCCUCCGUCUCUCCCGCCCGCUGCGGAGGGCACCAGAGCCAGGAAGCUGAGAGGUAAAUGUGCGGGGAGUAGCUCUCAGGGUCGCCUCAGUCGGUACAGCUGGAGGGCCGAGGCCACAGCCAGUGCGGCCGGUAAGGGCUCCGUCUACCGCUGGACCCCUCAGAAGGACCGGGGCCCGAAGGCAGCGGCGUUCACCCUUACCAGCGUAACCUCACCCGGAGCCUUCAAACUCAGGAGCCGGAUGAAAAUCAUCAGGAAGAGCCCGGGCAGCAGACAAACGCAGACACCUGUGAGAGCGACGCAGUUGAGGAGCUUGGCCCUCAGCCGACGGGGGAACCGGGCCCUGGUGUCCAUCGGACGGCACAAGCUGCGGCUCGCCAGCCCCGGAGCUCGCUCCACAUCAGCCUUCUACUUCUCAGGUCCUGCUGUGGCUCACCCAGUCCACAGUCGGGUGCGGACGCGUUACCGUAUCGAUGCCAGGCGCUGGCACACACUCUCCCACUCGCACUCCUCGCCACCCAGCACUGCCCGCUCAUGGAGGGCCAGGAGGGUACAGUCAGCCAGAAUGCUCCUCCAGAACCGGCUGCGUGGCGUCCAGGAGCGGGACUGGCGGGGCCGACGCAUGCGCUGGAUUGGAGGAGAGCUCUACCAGGUGUCACCCAAUAAGAUCUCUCGCACUCAGGCCCCAACCACCACUUUCAACAGAGCAGGGAGGCGCUACAGCCUGCACACCUCCACCUCCCCCACGGCAGCCAACCUCUACAAGACCUCCAGCACCCGACAUGUGGCCAGUCGUGUGGUGCAGCGUAGCCUGGCCAUUAUCCGUCAGGCGGGUCAGAAGAAGCAGCAGCAGGCUCGGCAGUACUGCAUGUACUACAACCGCUUCGGGAAGUGCAACCGCGGAGGCUCCUGCCCCUACAUACACGACCCAGACAAGGUGGCCGUCUGUACCAGGUUUCUGCGGGGUACAUGCAAGCAGACGGACGGCACCUGCCCUUUCUCACACAGAGUGUCCAGAGAGAAGAUGCCGGUGUGCUCGUACUAUCUGCGUGGGAUUUGCAACAACAGCAGCUGCCCGUACAGUCACGUCUACGUGUCGCGCAAGGCCGCCGUGUGUCAGGACUUCUUAAGAGGAUACUGCCCUCAAGGAGAGAAGUGUAAGAAGAAGCACACCCUGGUCUGUCCGGACUUCUCGGCAACAGGUGUGUGCCCGCGCGGGUCCAAGUGUAAGCUGAAGCACCGUCUCCGGAAGACGGCGAGCUCAGGAACAGGGACCCAAUCAGGACCCAGAAUAGCCUCAGGGCCAGGAGCAAGUAUGACCUCAGUAGCUGGAGGAGGGGCCUCAGGCCACACCCAAAGCAGGAAGACAUCAGCAGGCCUUCCAGCACCACCCACUGCAGCACACACACACUCAGCAGCGCCAACCAAAAGGUCGGAACAGAAACAGGCCUCAUGUUUACUACAGUCUCCAUCAGUGCCAUCACAAUCAUCAUCAGCGUCGUCACCGUCACGUGAGUGUGCGGGUGAAGGAGACUCCAUCUUGUCCUCCUCCUCCACUCCGCGCUCCCUGCCUUCCUUCAUCGCCCUGCCCAGCUCCCCUGAGGACGGAGUUCCGCCGGACACGCCCACACACCCCCUGGCACUGCCCACUGCCCAAGGCAAGAAACUUCAUAUCAAGCCCCGGUUUUAGAGGCUCUCCUCUCUCAUCUCCAUGGGUGCCCAGCUGCAUCCACGCCACAGAGUUUUUUUCGUUUUUUAUUAUUGUAUGAAAUGGUUUUAUCGGAAUUAAAGUGUAUGCUCAAUGAUUUAA